AUGUACCUUCAAGUGGUGGGCAUCCUGUGUGCGAUCGUGUUUGCUUGUUUCGCAUGGAUUAAGCGCCGGUACCAAUUUUGGAAGGAACGCUCCGUCGCCUAUAUCGCACCGGCGUUUCCGUAUGGGAAUUUUGGUACGCUCGGAAAGGUGGAACACAUUGCACCGAUCACCCAACGGCAUUACAAUCAUUUCCGGCAGUUAAACGUCCCGUACGGUGGUGUGUUUAUGCUAACCUCGCCACUGCUCUACAUCUUCGACACGAAGCUGAUCAAGACGCUGCUGGUGAAAGAUUUCCACUACUUCCCGAACCGUGGCGUGUACUUUAACGAGCGAGAUGAUCCACUGUCGGCGCACAUGUUCGCCAUCGAGGGACAGAAAUGGCGCACACUGCGCGCUAAACUGUCCCCUACCUUUACUUCCGGGCGCAUCAAGAUGACGCUACCGCUAGUGAUGGAAGUGUGCCAGCGGUUCUGUGAUCAUCUGCACCAGUCAGUGCAAACUUCCAGCGAGGUCGAGGUCCACGAUCUACUUUCGCGCUACACGAUCGAUGUCAUCGGGGCGUGCGCGUUUGGCAUCGAGUGUAACAGCUUUCGGGAACCUGAUAACGAGUUCCGACGGUACGGUAAGAUCGCGUUCGAUAAGCUCCGCCAUUCGCCGCUGGUUGUGUACUUGAUGAAAGCUUUCCGGAGGCACGCGAACGCGUUGGGCAUGAAGCAGCUACACGAUGACGUUUCCAGCUUCUUCAUGCGCGUAGUCAAGGACACGGUAGAAUAUCGCGAACGCGAACAGAUCGUGCGGAACGAUUUCAUGGAUCUGCUUCUGAAGCUAAAAAACACCGGACGGCUGGAAAGUGGAGGUGAAGAAAUUGGACGGAUAACGUUCGAGGAGAUAGCCGCCCAGGCGUUUAUUUUCUUCACCGCUGGCUAUGACACUUCCUCCACGGCCAUGACUUACACGCUGUACGAGCUGGCGUUAAAGCAGGAGGUGCAGGAAAAGGCUCGACAGUGCGUAAAGGAGACGCUGCAGAAAUAUGACGGAGAGCUAACCUACGAGGCUGUGUCCGAUAUGAGCUAUCUCGACCAGUGCAUUAAUGAAACGCUGCGCAAACAUCCACCUGUCGCGAUACUGGAGCGUAACGCCGAUAAGGACUACCGGAUGCCAGACAGUGGCUUGGUACUGCGUCGUGGACAGAAGAUCAUGAUACCGAUCUACGCGAUGCAACACGAUCCGACCCACUUUCCCGACCCGGAACAGUAUCGACCGGAACGAUUUUCGCCGGAAGAGGUCGCCCAACGCGAUCCCUACUGCUAUCUGCCAUUUGGCGAAGGGCCACGCCUCUGUAUUGGUAUGCGAUUUGGUUCGCUUCAGGCAAAGAUGGGUCUGGCAAGUUUGCUUGAUCGCUUCCGGUUUAGUACCUGUGAAAGGACGCAAAUACCGGUACAGUACUCGCGUACCAACUUUAUUCUUGGACCGGCAAAUGGUGUUUGGUUGCGGGCAGAAGUACUAUAGGAGAAGUCUAAGAAGUCUCUGCAUA